AGCUUCCUUCCGUGUGGAUAUUCGUGCGGCGCAGUGGUGAUGUUCAGUCUCCGAGGGGUGACGCUGGCCAAGGCCGCCACGAAUCAUGUACGCCUCCUGGCGAGGCCCUUCACGAUCAACAUCCCCAAGCCCUACACUGUGCCGGAGGGGGCCUGGGGUGGCAAUAAGGCGGCGCGGAUGGAACUGGCGGCGGCGUACCGAGGGCUGGACCUGCUGGGCCUGAACGAAGGCGUGUGCAACCACCUGAGCAUAAUGGCACCGCGCGCCGAUGGAGAAGGCCAGAUCAUGCUUGUGAACGCCUAUGGCCUGCACUGGAGUGAGGUGACUGCGAGCAACCUGGUGGGACUGAACGAACGUGCCGAGAUGGUGGAGGGAAAGGGCAUAGUGGACAUCGCCGCCUCCUGCAUCCAUCUGGGUAUCCGCCAGAUUCGCCCAGACGCCAAAGUCCUGAUGCACACCCACCAGCCUUACGCCACUGCCCUAGCGUGCAUGAAGGACCCAGAACUUCUGAUGGUGCACCAAAACUCAGCAAGGUUCUACAAAAAGGUUGCUUACGACAACAAAUAUAGCGGCCUCGCCGAGGCCAUCGACGAGGGAAAGAGAUUGGGAGAGGCCCUGGGCGACAAGGACAUCUUAUUCAUGGGUCACCACGGCGUACUCAGCGUCGGAGCAGAGGUCUCCAUUGCCUUCGACAACCUUUAUUACCUGGAGAGAGCUGCCCAACUACAGGUACAAUGUAUGUCAAUGCGCAAGGAAGUGGAUCUUAUCCCCGAAGAGGAUUGCAAAAAGACCUGUGACUCGUUUUGGAAGAAUAUCAAAGGUUAUAGUGAAGCACAUUUCUUCUCCAUGUACCGCAGACUUCGCAAAACUCAACCAGAAUUCGAACAGUAACCAGGAAAUGACUGCUGAGAAAAUUCAAUAAAGAAAAUAUAAAAAUAUUUAUUCUCGCA